AUGGAAAAUCGAUGGCAAAACAUGUAUUCAUCUGGACAGCCUCAAGAACGUGAUUACUCAAGCCAUUCUACGUACAACACUUCUCAUGCUUUCAAUAACCAGCCAGGACUGAACCAUACGGCUUCUCACCCUUCUUACAACAACUCUCGUCGGGUCUCUUCGAAUAAUUUGAGUGAUCAAGGCUUUCCACCCACCAUAGGAUCCUCCAAUUCUUCGAAUUACAUACACAGCAACCCACAAACGAUGAUCUAUAAUCGUCAUCGAGAACCGUCUACCAUCACUCGUAUGAGCAGUAAUGAUCAUACAAACAAUCCACAGGAUCCAUUGAUCGUACACGGUUAUCAAGGUCAGGAAGAAAUGAACACUUCUCCAAGUCGUAGCCCACAAAAUUCGUACCGAAACACGAUGGACAAUAGGCAGCCUCCAAAUGUUGCCGUUGUUGCCCAAACCGUCAGACAACAUAUUUCCUCUAAUCAAGCCAGCAAUAAUGGUCACGUUGGAAAUCCAAGACGAAACGAUUCGAACGGAUCUUUACCCUCAAUUCCUUCUCAGUUUUACCGAGGUGGUAACUCUCAAAGAAACGAACAAGAUAUCAUUGAGAGUUAUCUGGAAUAUCUCACGAACAAGUACAAGACUCCUGAUAACAUUGUACGAUUGGAAUACAUGGAUAAAGGUGCCUUUGGUAAGGUGUUUAAAGUACGAAUUGAACAACCAGGAGAGGAACCUUUGGAGUUUGCUGUGAAGAUGAUUCAAAAAAACUCGGGACAUAAUUAUGUGAAGGAAAAGAUUCCAUUGCAGCUUCACCAUGAUAACAUUAUUACGAUUUAUGACGUGUUUGAAACAAGAAUUGGAAAUGAUGAAGUACUUGGUCUAAAGAUGAAACUCUACUUGGGCACUUUGAACGACAGGUAUGGGACAGAUAGGAAUAUGCCUCAAAUUAUUGCUGUUCAAGUACUUUGCCAAAUGGGAAACGCUAUUUGCAUUGUCCACCAACAUUCUCUUCUUCAUCAUGAUAUUUCUGGAAAUAACGUUUUAAUUGAAGAGUUUGAUGCCCGUUCUCAGCAAAUUAAAGUUGUGCUUGCAGAUUUCUCUUUAUGUAGGGAGGUUGAUUCGGUGAGAGAAGGAACCAUAGAAACCAUGGCACCUGAGGUUGACAAACCAUAUGUGAAUGACAUUUAUAGUUUAGGACAAAUGAUUUCGAAUUUGACAGUUAAUUCACACCUUAGCAGACCCAUGAGAGAGUAUUUAAGCCUAAUGACCAGUAGUGAUGUGUUAAAACGUCCUUCCGCUGAAACCAUUGAGCAAGAUGUUACUGAAAGAGUGUUGUCACCUGGACCAGAUUUACAAAUUGUUGAAACUUUCUACAAAACACUCAGAGCCGAGCGACUGGAGGAGGGUUUGAAUAACUUGAAAAAAGAAAUGAAGCAAAGAGCAACAGAAAUUAAUGAACAACGAACAGCUGUUGUGAAAGAAAGAGAAAUAGCGGGACAAACACUCGUGACAAUUGCUAAAUUUUUAUUCGCCGUUCCUGCUACCUUACUGUUCACAGUUCCAGAAUACUAUUUGAUCGUGAUAUUGAUACUGAUGCUUGUUGGAUGGAAUUAUUGGCGUCUAUUUAAACAACAAAACCAAAUAUUGAAAGAAUUGAAAAAUGUUAAGCUAGAACAGAAUGUUAGCGAGAACAGUAAGAUUUCUUUUAUUUUGAGAGAUUUAGACAAGGCAGUUGGUGAUUAUGUUCAUUCAAUAAGGUCCCAAACAGACGCAAGUCCAAGAAAUCAAUUCGAAAGAUUUUGGUUUGUAAUGGAAUGA